AUGGCUUCAGCUUGUAUCAACAAUGUUGGUGUCUCACAGGAAUUUCCUACUUACGGAUAUUUCAACCCACGAGCUUCCUUCAGCCGUGAAGAAGCUCGGAGUACUGGAUCCGCCGCGUCGGAGAUGCAGAAACAGACUCCACCGAAGUCCCCGGCGGAAGAGCCGGCCGGCGGUUGUGAUUUCGAGUUUCGGUUGGAGGAUCCAGUCGGGAUGCUCGCCGCCGACGAGCUUUUCUCCGACGGGAAGCUCGUGACGAAGCAACAGACGACGGAGACCGGCGGGAAAUGCAGGAGAAUGGAAGUGGAGAUGGAGAUCUCCGGCGCCGAUAGUUGCUUGUUUUCUCCGAAAGCGCCGAGGUGCUCGAGUAGGUGGAGAGAGUUGUUAGGACUCAAGCGAUUCUCUCAGAAUAGCAAACCCGCAUCGACGACGUCGUUUCAUUCGAAUCCGAGAUCGUCUACUUCGUCGUUGAAGCAAUUUUUGCAUCGGAGCUCCAGAUCGUCGUCGUCUGGAUCCUCCUCCUCCGACGCUUCGUUAAUCAACCUUCCUCUCCUGAAGGAUUCCGACUGCGAAUCUCUCUCCUUAUCCUCUUCCCGUAUGUCUCUCUCCUCCUCCUCCUCCGGCCACGACCACGAGGACAUCCCGAGGCUCUCCCUCGACGCGGAGAGACCCAACCACGUCCUCAACCUCAACCACAACGUCACCGCGAAUCCGUUCGCUCCAGCUCGAAGCCUAAACCCAAAUCCGCCGCGAAUGAGGCUGGUGAAGCCACGUGACAGCAACCACACGGCGGCAGGAACAACCGGAGGAGGGAGAGUGGGACGAAGCACGAAUCGUCGCUCGGUGGAGGAGACGUCUCAGUCGGCGAUGAGCAGGGGAGUCUCUGUAGACAGUCCGAGGCUAAACUCGUCAGGGAAAAUCGUGUUCCAGAGCCUUGAGCGAAGCUCGAGCAGCCCGAGCAGCUUCAACGGCGGAACGAGUGGGUAUAGACACAGAGGAAUGGAGAGAUCGUACAGCUCAAACGUGAGGGUGACUCCGGUUCUUAACGUCCCGGUUUGUUCAAUCAGAGGCGGUUCAGUGAUUUUCGGCCAGUUUUUCUCUUCGACGAAUUCAGCUUCGUCGCAACACAAUAGAACAGGGAGUAGUUCCAACAUCAGAGCGUCAUCUCAUCACCACCAUCACGGUGGUAUCAGUAGAGGUCGUAACUCCACCGAUCGAAUCUAA